AUGGGAAAUCAUCUCCUCACGUUGUCCCUGCUCCUCGUAGCUGUCUGCGUUUGCGUUUCAGUCAUCACCACAAAGCUAAACCCUAAAGAAACAAUCUCUGAUUCCGAUUUCGCUUCUGCGAUUCCCACUGAGAUUCAUGGAGUCAAGAUCCUUCGACAACCUUCAAACACCAAACUUGCUCAACUAGGAGUCGCUUCUUGGCCAAAGUCGGUUCCUUUCUCUAUUCCCUUUGUGACUUUUGAUUAUAUCUCUGCCUCUCUGCUUCACUGGUGGGAAGGUAAACCAAGCAAGUUUCCAUGGACGUUUACGAAGACGGAGACUAUGUAUUUAGUGGAAGGGAAGGUGAUAGUGAAUGUAGAGGGAUACGAUAACGAAGAAGAAGCGUUUGAGAUAGGGAAAGGAGAUGUUGUUGUUUUCCCUAAAGACAUGAAAGUUGUUUGGAAGAUAACUGAAGCUGUGAAGAAACACUAUAGCUUAGAAGACUAA